CCAUCUAGUGACGUUACACUGUAGUGUUGCGUUGCCGUCGAUACUAUAUGCUGCGAAACACCCAAACAGAAUCUGCGGCAAUUAGAGAACUUACAUUAGAAGUUUGUGUAGCAUGGAAUUGCAAACAUAGCGUCGGCUAAACAAAUUCGUACCUGUACUCUUCUUCACACUACAACAAUAUGGAGGACUGAUACUGCAGGAUUUAAGCACGGCGAUUUGAGUGACCAGAACAAAUUUGGCGGAAAGAUGGAUGACUGCACCUCGCCACGCUUACGCAGCCAGCGUGGCAUCAUGUAGAUAGAACAAUAAAUUGUUUUUUAACCAACCAGGUUCGAAAUGAUCACCAAGAGCCUUAUAGAUGGGAAGAAUUACCCCAAAUCACAGCACAGGCGUUUGGUAAAGCAUGGGCACAGAAAAACUUAUUCCGAACGAGAACAAAACGAAGUAAUAAAGCAACUCUAACAACAAGGACCGACUAUUAGCUCAGGCUAUUGGUGAAAAUGAGAUUCACGUUCACGCAAGUAAACAAAAAGAACAUUAAGGAAUCACUGAUGAGCUCAACUUGGCACGACAAUGCGAAUAUCCUAGACUCGCAAGGACAACCAAUCGAGAUUUGGAUAUCCCAGCUUUUAAGUCAGCAAAACUCGGAAGCAUCGAAGUUAAGCUUAACCCCGGACUGACAGUCGCAGGAGAAGAUCAAACCACCACUACUUGCGCAAAGUUACAAGCUUCGAUAUCACAAGCAAGUACUCAGAUAUUACUGAUUUGCCCCAUGAAAGCUGGGAAACAAAAACCGUGAUAAAACUAUUCACGGGACCACAGCUCGAAAAAUAGUUGGUUUGGGCAGUAGAUGGUGUAGUAAAAGCAGUAACUAGUAAGAGAUCCAGCGGGGAACGCAGUCAUGACACUCACCAGAAUUUCAAAUGGAUGGGCGUGGAAGAUAACGUCGGUAGCAAGCGACUAUGAAUAGACAGCAGAUGCAAAAAAGUGGGAAGAAUCGAGAGGGAAUUGCGUUCAAGGCCAGUCCAAGAAUAACAAAUUCCAGUAGAAAACACUUACGGCGACGAAAGCAAACCAUCUGGAAGAAGCAGUUCAGAGCUGAGAAAGAUGACCAUAAAGAGCAACCUCAAGCACAACUUAGCAGCAACGCUGAAAAAAAUCAAAGCUGCAAAGAGAAAUUAAAAAUGCUCUAGCCCAAACAGCAACGCAGAUGUGGUACAACAAAGGAAUCUUCACGGAUUACCAAACUUGGGCCAUAUACCGACUGGCAGUCAGAGCAUUUUUUCAUGAGAGGUGGCCUCGAAAUCGCCAAUGCCCAGACCAGCAUGCCCGGUCAAACAAGAAACAGCAAAACACAUCAUCUGCGAGAAGGCUCAGCUAGCAUGGAAUUUGUGGAUAAAGCUAGCGAAGACUACGACACAACAGCACUAUUAUCGCAAAACAAGCUCCGGCAAUUACAACCCAGUUUUGCUAAAGCACAACAAUGAAAUCCAAAGAAGCAACACAGAUAGUUCGGGGCAGCAGAACCUUCCGGAUGAAAGUGAUAGCGAGUGCAUGAAAAUCGCAGGAGAAAACACGACUGAACCAGCGAUGAGAAGCAGACAAUCACACAGGCAUCGCAGUAUGGCAAUUACAGUAUUACAUUACUAAAAAGCAGAGCAUCAAGCGGGUGGCUGCUGUAUGAACUGGAAAACGAACAGGAAUGGACACUGCAGGCAGCAUCGCGACGAAUCUAAUCCGACAUUUAAAUACAAGUAAAACGAUGCAUUCGUCAGAUUUUGUCU